CUCACAGGCGAGCUCGCUGCGUGUGUAUGCGUGUCUCCAGCUAGGCCAGAGAGUGAUGGCGGCGCCCGUCCUGAGAGUGUCCACCCCUCGGUGGGAAAGAAUAGCCAGGCUUCUCGUUUGCCUGUUAGGCAUACUGUUGUCUCUAUAUGCUUUUCACGUCGAGAGGGAAAAGGCUCGGGAUCCGAGUUAUACGGCGAUGUGCGACGUCAGCAGCUCCAUCAGCUGUUCAAAAGUGUUCAGCUCAAGGUGGGGUCGAGGAUUUGGACUCUUGGGCUCAAUUUUUGGAAAUGACAGUGCACUGAACCAACCCAACAGUGUCUAUGGGAUUGUCUUUUAUGCCUUUCAGCUCCUACUGGGAAUGACUGUCAGUGCAAUGGCCGCCCUUAUUCUCAUGACGACAUCCAUCCUGUCAGUGGUGGGUUCGCUCUACCUGGGCUACAUCCUCUACUUUGUCCUAAAGGACUUCUGCAUCAUCUGCAUCACCACAUAUGCGCUGAACUUCAUUCUCUUUAUUCUCAAUUACAAGCGACUGGUUUACUUGAAUGAGGCCUGGAAGCAGCAGCUGCAGGCUAAGCAGGACUAAGCUGUCGAGAACGGCAAGAAAAAUACGACAAACAACAUAAAAAAAGAAAAAGAAAUGUGACCUCUGAACAUUUGACUUGCCACCAGGAGACCUUGCUUCCAAACAAUGUUUAUUCUGCUGUGUGUUCAAAAAAAAAAUGAAGAAAUUUAACUUAAAUGUUGGGCCUGACAUCUCAAUGUUGAUUGCAAACAUGGAAGGAUUUGUAAGUGGAAGAUGAUUUUCUUUUAAUUUCUUUUACCUUGUUUAACAUUGUACUCACUUAAGGAGGGGGUGGUUAUGUGUGUGUGCAUGGGUGUGCGUGUGUACGUAUGUGUGGGGAAACACAACAACCCGAGCAACCAGAGGCAGAGGGCCACAAUACAGAACGAUGGAGGACAGCUCUCUUUUGAACAAAAAAGGAUCGCAGAAUGGAAGAAAAAAAACAGGACAUUAAAGGGGUUUACUUGAAAUGGUUAGAAAGGUCCGAUUACUGCACAGCAGGUCUGCACUAAAACUUGGAGCGGAGAAAUGGGUACCAAAAUUAGAAAAACACUCAAUAAGGUUAUCGUACGGUUUGCCGACGAGGUUCUAUGGCAGGGUGAGGGGACAAAUUUAUACAAAAUAGUUUUUUUUUCAUGUUUACACUUUGUAGUACAUUUCUUUUUGAUGAGGACCACUAAAAAUGAAUAUGGGACAAUGUGAGAUAUUGUGUGUAGAUGAGUCAGAUUGUUUUGCAAUUCUGUAAAUAGCUGCUGAGCAAUAUCCCAGGCUAGAUUGUGAUUUAGUGUUGACACAAACCUUUAAGGAAAAAAAAAAGCAACCCACAAAACAGGAGAAAACAUCAGUAAAUCUGGAAUAAGAAGUGAUGACGGUCAAAGUUAGCUGGAUGAGUCUGAAGAUGUGCUUGGGACAUCUUCUGUCCUGUUGUCCUGGUCAGGCAUGCAGUUCAGAGUCGUGUGGAUUUCUUUGUUGUAAGUGGUUACUGUUUCAUCUGAAGCCACUGACACAAGUGUUUUAAACAGAACCAUAGGUUCUUUUCACCAAGUUUGCAUAAAGGCACCCUCACCCCUUUUUUUUUGGGGUUUUGGUAUUGUGUGAAAAGCAUUCCUGACCACCACACAAGUGGGAUCCAUAAAGACUUAUGUGCCUAAAGGAGUGUUAAGAUGAAUUACCUUUUUUUUUCUUAAAGUUUUGGGUGGGGGGUUGGGGGGUACUAUGUUAACACCAGUUUUGCUCGUUUUAUCGUCACAGGUCCAAGGCUUUAUUUUUCUGAUCACAGUUUUGUAAAUUAAGAUACCAGUGAAGUGUUUCUCCCUCCCUAAUAGAGUCUCAUGAGGUAGCAAAGGCUGCUACACUGUGAUUGUCUGCGCAAGAGUAGAGGAGCCUGGUGGCACAAGCAUCUCUAAUCUUUUCUGUUUCGGUUGCUUUAAUGUUCGUCUGGCUUUUGUUCACCGUCCGGGACUGUAUACAUUUGAUGUCAAUUGAACGGUAACAGUGAUCUUGCCAAGCUGAGUUACAGUUCAUUUGCGGGACGUGAACAAAACUUUUGAAAAUGUAAAUCUUUGUUGACAUGAACGGCAGAAGUGUAACAAGGUGGAAGACUCUGUAAGAAAACUAAACAGUAUGUUAAGCCAUAUGUGGAGUUUGUGGGAUUUUUGCUCCAGUAGGAAAGACAUCCAGGCUGCUGAUGGUUUUGUCACACUGAAGCGUUUCCUUAAGCGGCUGAUCUAAUAUAGCACGGUUUCUACAGAGAUGGAUCACAGUGUGAGCGAGAGCAAGCACAGGCUGUAGUGGCUUUGCUAGAAAUCCACAGUAUUGUCACUUCAGUGACAGGGUAGGACCAUUGUCUCUUUUCCAUCCAGAAUCCACUGAUUAAAGUAUCCUACUUGUCAGAUGCAUGGUACACUAUCUCCUGGCUUUAAGUAUAUGUUGGCCAUCGGACAAUCUUACACUGUCGCACUGUCAAAGAUCUGUAACAGUUGUAGUAAUAACUGUAAUAAUGUGAUUCAUCUGUGGUGUUAAACCAGCUUGUUAAUAGUUUCCAUCACUGCUAGUCUCCAUGCCCCUUCAUGUUUUAAUAGAAUACAAGUUCUCCUAGACAGUUGUUUUAUAGGGUGAAGGUUGUUGUUGUGCUGAUGAUAGCAACAGUCAGGAAAGUAAUUUCAGUGGCGUGCUUCCUGUGGUAACACAUGAUAUCAUCAGUUGUAUAUGACAAUGGAAAUUGAGGUGAUACUUUUUUUUUCUAGGAUAUUGUCAAAGUGAAAUUGUUCCAUUUGUUUUUACAAGUUGUGGCCAAUUUACUACUUAUCAUAUACAGCGGGAUCCAAAAGUCUGAGACCACUUUCUCAUUUACUAUAAAGGGACAGUGGACUCAGGCUUUUGGAUGGAUCACAUCACUGAUGACUAUUUUCCAAAGUAAGUGUCAUAUUUUUGAAAUAGUUUUUCCUACAUUUCCGACAGUGGUUUCCAUCCAUGUCACCAUGGGAUGACUUAAACAUUAAGAGACUUGACACUUCCAUUGCUUUGUCCUUCACAGUGAAGAUCAUUUAUAAUGUUUGUCAGGUCAACAUUUAUCCUCCCAACUUGAGUAAAAAGUGGUAUGUCUGAUGAAUAUGAAAUAGUUUGAAAUUUCUAUCUCUACACCGCCAGAUUUUUUUCAUUGUUUGACUUUGUCAUUUGAGGACAUUUCAGAUUUUGCGCAGCUCACUCUGGAGCAACAAAAGGCUUUAUACACCUUUUUAUUUACAUAAGCAAUAGUACUCUCCAAGACCUGUAAAUAGACUUGAUGUGUGAAAUCAGUGAAGUUCCCCUUUAAGCAAAUUUCCAAUCUUUGCAACUUGAUUUUCAUGCCAUAAAAAAAGGAUGUGAACCAGUGGCUGCUUCAAAGAUAAACUAAUUUAAACACUAUGACGUGCUUUGGAAACUGGUUGCCAGCUAAGUCGACCUGAUUGGUAGUAAAGUGGCAAAAACAUAAGAAAACCAGUACAUACCUAUAAGAAAGCGUAUGGUCCUCCAUAUAAUGAUUUAAAUGUUUCCAUCAUCUUUAAGAUCUUCCUUACACAGUAUUGCCUGGUCGGGCUUUUAUCAGGUUCUUUUUCAUCUAAACUCAGAAUGAGGUUCCAACACCAUAACUCUGUCUAGUUUUUGUCCUUCUUCUGGGAAAGCCUCCUAUGGAUUCACUCGUCCAAGUUUUUUUUUUUAUGUUGACAAGUCAAACUGACAUUACUUGCUGAUUUUCUGGCAACAGCUAUCGGUCCCUCGAGUAUUGACCAUAGAACUGACAAGUGUACAUUUAAGUAGCCUAUCAUUAUGUUAAUGGCUCCAGUCAUAUGCAAGCCUAUUACACUAGUUGUGUGCAGUUACUUUAAAGAAAUGGAUAAGGAAUUUGGAUGUUAAAUGUCUGAAAUCUUUUGCUGGUAAAAGGAUCACCAUGUCGUGUGAUGAUUUAAUGUCAGACAGGUCAAAAUGAUAGAUACUGCAUUCUCAUGAAUAUUCAUUUAGGCCCAGAGGUAUAACUGCCAUGUUAGUUGCAUCACCAAUGCCAACAAAAGUGCCUUCUGUUUGAUCACUAGGCCUUGAGCCUAAGACGAGCAACAGUAAUAGCCUUGGAAAACGAAGAAUGGUAACUGUAACAGGCACUUCUGCUUGCCUUCCUUAAAAUGUAAUCUGAUAAAUUGGCAAUUCCCAAAGAUUUAAUAUUUAAUGUCAGUGCAAAAAUCGAUUCAGAAAUUGCCAGACAAAAUGCCCUGUCAGAUCAACGGCCGUUCCUUUUUUUCCCUUCCUGAGCUCCACUAUAUAAUUAUCAUCUUUAAUUUUGUCUAGCUAGGAUGUUUGUUAGCUAAGAAUACACUCUGUUAAACUACAUGAUUGUAAUGUUCUUUUUUCAUCAUUAAUUAUGCCCUUUAGCUGUAUAGACUGUUAACAUUCUGGGUUAUUUUAGUAAAAAAAAAAAAAAAAAAAGUCGAGGGGUUGGAGGGCUAGGAA